AUGAAGAAAGUAUAUAGUCUACAAAUACAGUUCAAUGAACAGAAGCCAAAAUUCAACAAACAUUCUGCCGACACCAGUCGUCGCUCUCCGGCUGGUUCCAUCUCACAGUCUAUAGAUAGCUACAGUUCAGUUGACAGCGAGGAUGAGUCCUCUCCCAGAGACAAGCCUCAGAAGACCUCCAAAGGCCUUUCUGACUUCUGCAUCAAAAACAUAGAACAGGCUGAAUUUGGACGCAGAGAAAUAGAAGCUGCACAGCAAGAAAUGCCAGCACUGAUGGUCCUGAGGAAAAGAGCAUGUGGGGAGAAACCUCUUGCUGGUGCCAAAGUGGUGGGCUGCACACACAUCACUGCACAGACAGCGGUGUUGAUUGAGACUCUGUCUGUGUUGGGGGCUCAGUGUCGCUGGGCGGCCUGUAACAUCUUCUCCACUCACAAUGCUGUGGCUGCUGCUCUGGCUGAAAGAGGCACUUCAGUGUUUGCGUGGAGAGGAGAAUCAGAGGAAGACUUCUGGUGGUGUAUUGACCGAUGUGUCGGUGCUGAGACCUGGCAGCCCAACAUGAUUCUGGAUGAUGGAGGGGACCUGACCCACUGGAUCUAUAAGAAGCACCCAGGCCUGUUCAAGAAGAUCAUAGGCAUCGUGGAGGAAAGUGUGACAGGCAUCUAUCGGUUAUACCAGCUGUCAAAGGCAGGCAAGCUGUGUGUCCCGGCCAUGAACGUUAACGACUCGGUGACCAAGCAGAAAUUUGAAAACCUUUACUGCUGCAAGGAGUCCAUACUGGAUGGGUUGAAGAGAACCACUGACAUCAUGUUUGGAGGAAAACAGGUGGUGGUGUGCGGCUAUGGGGAGGUUGGCAAAGGUUGCUGUGCUGCCCUGAAAGCAUUGAGUGCUGUCGUAUAUGUCACAGAAGUGGAUCCCAUUUGUGCCGUUCAGGCCUGCAUGGAUGGCUUCAGAGUGAUUCAACUGAGUGAAGUGGUCAGACAGGCAGACAUGGUCAUCACCUGCACAGGCAAUAAAAACGUGGUAGAGAGGGAACAUCUGGACAGAAUGAAGAGCGGCUGCAUCGUCUGCAACAUGGGACACUGCAGCACCGAGAUAGAUUUGUUGAGUCUGCGGACUGCAGAGCUGAGGUGGGAGCGUGUGAGGCCUAAGGUGGACCAUGUUAUCUGGCCUGACGGCAAGAGAAUCGUCCUGUUGGCCGAGGGCCGUUUGUUGAAUCUGAGCUGCUCCACAGUGCCCUUAUUUGUCCUCUCCAUCACCGCUACAACUCAGGCUAUGGCUCUCAUAGAGCUGUACAGUGCUCCAGAAGGACGUUACAAACAGGACGUCUACCUGCUGCCAAAGAAGAUGGAUGAAUAUGUGGCCAGUCUUCACCUGCAGACAUUUGACGCUCACCUCACAGAGCUGACUGGUGAACAGGCCAAGUACCUGGGCAUCAGCAAACACGGACCCUUCAAACCAAACUACUACAAGUGA